UUUAGUCUUUUACACAACCACGCUUCUCUCUCUCCGCCCCUUCCGUUAUCUUCUCACACCUUUUCUGAUUCUAUCCAUUCCUCUUUGGACAGCCGUUGCCGUCACUUAACGGCCACCUCCAACGAUUUCGUCAAAUCAGACGGAAUCCGUCACCCUCUCUUUCCACACCCCUUCAAUCCGUCUCUCCCUAUUGGAGAGGAGGAUUGCUUGUGAAGAUCUUUCUUCUUUGUGGAUACCAAGCUGUUUCUCAAAAGGUUUUUAGAGUAUUAGUUCGUUGUUCUUGUUUGGGAUUUUCCGGAAUUUUCCGCUUCUUGCUUUCUAGUUCAAUAAUUGUAGUAUUCUGUGUGUUGUUGAUUUUGGAGUUGAAGUGGUUUUGAGUAUGGCUGUAAUUCAAUAAGUGUAGGGUUAUUUGGAAGGGAAUUCAUUUUGAGUAUGGGUGCGUUGGUGUGAGGUGCUUUUGUUGGUAUAGCGGAAAACUUAUAUAAAGGGAAAAUAUGGGAGAAGAUCUCCUCACGAGCUUGUCAAUGGAAAAUCACCAUCCAUCAACGCUAUUAUCCAUGGAUUCAAGUUCAAUUACUCAUGAAGAAUUGGAAAUGAAUAGGCAGAUGAUCCUUUCUAGGCCUCCUGAUAUUAAUUUGCCCCUGUCUUCAGAGCGUAGUCCUCCGUCACAAUCAUGGAAUACAGACUCUUUUGACAUGCUAGAUGUUGGCCUUGGACCUCAGGUGAAUGAGCCUGAUACCCUACUGAAUCAUACUAAGGUUGGGCGUAAAUGUACCAAGAGAUUGGAUAGUGUGUGGGGUGCUUGGUUUUUCUUUAAUUACUAUUUCAAACCUGUUUUCAAUGAGAAAUCAAAGAGUAAGGUUGUCCGGGAUGGUAGUGGGAUUUCUAGUUUUGACAAGUCUCAUCUGCAGCUUGAGGUUUUCUUGGUGCAGCAUGAUAUGGAGAACAUGUACAUGUGGGUUUUUAAGGGAAAGCCUGAGAAUGCGUUGGGUAAGAUGCAGUUGAGGAGUUAUAUGAAUGGUCAUUCUCGCCAAGGAGAGCGUCCAUUUCCCUUUAGUGCAGAUAAGGGUUUUGUUCGAUCUCAUAGAAUGCAGCGGAAACACUAUAGGGGUCUCUCCAAUCCUCAGUGUGUGCAUGGGAUCGAGGUUGUUUCAUCACCCAACCUCAUGGACCUCAAUGGAGAGGAACAAAAGAGGUGGGUAGAACUCACUGGUAGGGAGCUGGAUUUCUCAGUCCCUCCUGAAGCAAGUGAGUUUUGUUCGUGGAGAAACCUUCCGAGCACAGAAUUUGAGCUUGAGAGAGCCCUUCCUUCUUUAAAGAACAACCCUCAUCCCCAGCCAAAGAAAUUGCUCAAUGGUUCUGGUUUGAAUUUGUCAACUAGACUAUCAAACCAUGUAAAUGGUGGUGGAAUAGAUCUCGUCACCAUUUGCAACAAGCGGAAAAAGGAUUUUUUCCCACAUGGGAAUGAUGAGGAUUGUUAUUUGCUCAUUAAUCAGCAUUCUAAUAGGGUUCAAGAUACAGACAUCCACUCGAUUGAGCUGCCAUGGUUGAACAAGUUUAGUGGCGUAAUGAGGAAUGUAUCUGGGCCUGUUACAGCAGCAAAAACUAUUUAUGAGGAUGAAGAAGGAUACUUGAUCAUCAUUAGUUUGCCCUUUGCUGAUCUUAAAAGGGUGAAAGUUACUUGGUGGAACACACUCACUCAUGGUGUGGUUAAGAUAUCAUCUGUAAGCACGUCAUGUAUGCCCAUCAUCAAGAGAAACGAUAGAACAUUCAAGCUCACUGAUCCAAUGCCUGAGCACUGUCCACCAGGGGAAUUCAUUAGGGAAAUCCCACUAGCUACUCGAAUACCAGAUGAUGCCAAGCUAGAAGCAUAUGGUGAUGAAACAGGUACAGUUCUUGAAAUACUGGUCCCGAAACACCGUGUAGGGCCAGAAGAACAUGAGGUUCGUGUUUGCCUUCGCCCUCACCUUGGCGGGAAUGAGCUUUUGUUGUCUUGAAUGAGACAUUAGUUGGAGAAAUGCAAGGGCAGCUGUCAGUGAUCAAUCUUCUGUUGCUUACUGUUUAUUAAAGAAAAAAACUUAGAAAACAAAAUUCACAUUUUUAAAUACCACAUUUCUUCUCCAAUUUUAGACUCAAAAACUGAUUGUUUUGGUGUUUUCUUACACUUGGAUGGCUUUAGUCUGGGACUGCUUCCAAGCUUCUAGGUUGAAGUUAAGGUUAAUGGUAAGGAUUCUGCUCACUCAUUGCUCAUAUGCUUAAUGCCAUUGAGUUUUGGAAUCAAAUUGAUGACACAUUUUCAUUUUUCUGUUAUUCUAGAUUUUUGGAGACCUUGGCUAUAUUGUUGCUGACCGAUUUUACUGCCUUUAUUAGGCAUUAGCAUUGUGAUAGAUGAUUAUUUGUGAACCUAAGAAGGGGAAAGAAUUGUACUAGUCUCUUUCUUGUUGUAGUAGUGGCAUUGGAUGUAAUUGCUCCAUCCUCAAGUAUGAAAUAAACAAGUGUUUUUACUA